UAAUUUAAUUAACGGAUGAAGAACCGGUUGGGUUAAAGCAUCUUGAGGAGCGAUCCAAUGGUGACCGUUGGAUUUAUCAGAUCUGUGGAGCUUUAGAAACAGAGAGAGUCUCUCUUCCUUGUUCCUCCAACGUAAAAAACCAGAAUUUCAAUGUCUUCUUCCUUGCGUGAUUAUAUCAAAUCUGGAUCAGGCAUUUCGUCAAACACCUUGGGAGCAUCUUUCAGCGAGCCGAUUCUUUUGUAGAAUCCCAACAAGGAAAUUGGAAUCAAACCGUACCUGACGUAGCUAGCCAUGAAGCUGUCGUCACAAAGAAACGUAGCCAUUAUCGCCGGAGACGCUCCUGGUUUUGUCUCCUUCAUUGGGUAGAUACGAGAUAUCGGAAAUUUUUUGUAAGUUCCUUAGACAUAGAUCCUCGCAUUUUGAUGAUCCCUUCGAACAGAUCGCCCAACCAUGCUCCAUGUUAAUUUGAAUCAUAUCGGAUGAUAAUUUUGUGCGAAGCAGUUCGUGAGAAUGACGUUGAAGGUUGAGAACUUGAGAUAGAAAAGCUUCGAAUAGCAAAUUCUAGGUUUUGUUGGAUCGGAGUCUAUGGCAUCAUGCUCCGCUUGAUCGCUGCGUUUUAUAGAACUUCUUCCUUUGGCUUUUGAUCUUCUUUGUCACCUCUCACGGCGAUUUUGUUGGAGAUUAGAUUAGGGUUAUUUUCAUUCCGAUUUUGAUUCAUGGCUUCGUCUUCUCAAUUCCUGCUGGAGGAUCAAACGGAUGAGGAUUUCUUCGACAAGCUUGUUGAUGAUGCUUUUUCUCCCGGCGAAGCUCAGGCUUCAUCCUCUGUGACGGAGCUCAAGUUUGACGACGAAAGUGACUCCGAUGAUUCCAGAGCUUUUUCGAAUCUCUCCAUUGCUAAAGAUCCUUUGGGUGAAGUAGAUGGCACAUUGAAUGAAGCAGCUUUAGGGAACGAUGUUGCAAGUGGUUCGGUGGGAAAAGACGAGCCUUCUUCUAUUGCUCCGGAAGCUCUUCAAUCUCUCCAUGGUGAUGCAAAGGAAUUAAGAGAUGAUGAAAUGAGAUCAGAGGUAGCUGAUAUGCCACUAUCUGAAACAGCAAAAGAAUGCACCAUGGCUAACGAGCCCGGGAUUCCUGGGGUUAAGGAGCUAGAUUGGGGUUCUUUUGAUGCAGAUUUAUCUGUAAAUGACGGUCGUGGGUUUGGUUCAUGCUCUGAUUUCUUCACUGAGUUGGAUGGAACUGCAGGAAAUUUGCAGGGAAAGGCGGAUGUAGCUGUGGCCACUGGAGGAAACUUAGUAGCCAAUCAUACAAAUAACACAAGUGUUGGUUUUGAUAAUUCGGCAGGGUUUGAGCAACACCAGGGUCAAGUGCACCACGAUUCUGCAAGCAGGCAGUACGUGGAUAACAGUCAGUCUUGGGAAAAUCUCUAUCCUGGAUGGAAAUAUGAUGCAAGUACUGGCCAGUGGUAUCAAGUUGAUGGUCAUGAUGCAAGCAUGAAUUCACAGGAGAGCUAUGAAAACUCAACGAGUAACUGGGAAAACGUUGCUGCUAAUUACUCGGAUGUUGCUUAUCAGAGACAGAGUACAGCAUCUGCAGUGGCUGGCACAGUUGAGAAUGUGUCUACUUGGAACCAGGCUUCACAAGUAAGCAAUGGGUAUCCAGAACACAUGGUCUUUGACUCCCAGUAUCCGGGAUGGUACUAUGACACAAUUGCUCAAGAAUGGCGCUCUCUUGACAGCUACAACCAGGCUUUUCAAACAACUGGUCAAGCCAAUGAUCAGCAAGUUCAGAAUGGCAAUUCUCUUACAGCUAUGUACCAUAAUAGAGAGAGUAACGUACAUGAUGUUUACGAUAAAAAUCAGAUACUCAGAACGCAAUCAUUUGAUAUCCAGAGCCAACAUGGAAGUUGGGAUCAAUCGUACUAUGACAACAAUCAGCAGGCUACAAACAUUUGGCAACCAGAAAAUGCAGGUAAGGCUGAGGCGGCUGUAACUCCUGCCUCAUUAUCAAACUUCGCAGGAAACCAGCAAGUAAAUAAUCUGUACAGUACAGGACAUGUGGCUGAACAGUUUAAGCCAUAUGAGAGUGGUGUUCAGAGCUUCAUCCCUCAGCAUAUGAAUGUGGCUAGUGUCACGCAGAAUGGAGCUAUGAGUUUCUCGAACGAUUUUUAUAGUAGACAGGAAUCUGUAGAUGAUGCUCCACAGUCAUUUCAGAGCAAUCAGCUUGCCUCCCCAAGUGCAGGAAGAUCAUCUGAUGGGCGGCCACCACAUGCACUUGUCAAUUUUGGAUUUGGGGGAAAGCUCAUUCUUAUGAAGGAUGAUAAUGGUUCUCUCCAGAAUUUAUCAUUUGGAAGUCAGAAGGGAACUGGGGGAAGCUCCAUCUCUGUCUUAAACUUGGCAGAAGUUAUUUCUGGGAGUGCCUCUUAUUCAAGUCUCGGGGAAAACUCUUUGAGUUACUUCAGUUGUCUGGAUCAACAAUCUCUUCCAGGACCCUUGGUUGGAGGAAAUGUUGGAAGUAAAGACUUACAUAAGUGGCUUGAUGAGAAAAUUUUGAAUUGUGAAUCUUCGUAUAUGGAAUUUUCAAGAGGGAAACUUUUAAAGAUGCUUCUUUCUUUGCUCAGAAUAUCUUGUCAGUAUUAUGGGAAACUCCGUUCUCCUUUUGGUACUGAUGCAUCGCAAAAGGAAAUGGACUCUGCUGAAGCAGCAGUCGCUAAGCUUUUUGCAUUUGCCAAGAAAGAUGGCGUACAAAAUGGUUAUGCUCCUAUUAGCCAAUGUUUACAGCAUUUACCACCGGAAUCACAAAUGCAAGUAACUGCUUCAGAGGUGCAGAAUCUUCUGGCUUCUGGCAGGAAGAUGGAGGCUCUCCAAUGUGCACAAGAAGGUCAUUUAUGGGGACCAGCGCUUGUUAUCGCAGCACAACUUGGGCAGCAGUUUUAUAUUGACACUGUGAAACAAAUGGCCCUUCGCCAGCUGGUACCCGGGUCACCUUUACGGACACUGUGCCUGCUGGUUGCAGGGCAACCAGCUGAAGUGUUUUCCACUGGAAGUACAAGCGAUAUCUCUUUUCCUGGUUCCAUAAAUGUGCCUCCACAGCAACCUCAGUUUGGAAGUAGUAGCAUGCUUGACAGUUGGGAAGAGAAUUUGGGUAUAAUAACUGCGAACAGAACCACAGAUGAUGAGCUUGUAAUUACUCAUCUUGGAGAUUGCAUGUGGAAAGAAAGGGGCGAGAUAAUUGCAGCUCAUAUUUGCUAUUUAAUUGCGGACAAGAACUUUGAUCCAUACUCAGAUACUGCCAGACUCUGCCUUGUUGGAGCGGAUCACUGGAAAUAUCCUCGAACAUAUGCAAGUCCAGAGGCUAUACAGAGAACAGAGUUAUAUGAAUACUCUAAGACGCUGGGAAACUCUCAGUAUACCCUGUUACCGUUUCAACCAUAUAAAGUCAUGUAUGCCCAUAUGCUGGCUGAAGUUGGUAAACUUUCGACUGCACUGAAGUACUGUCAAGCAGUAUUAAAAUGCCUCAAGACAGGCCGAUCACCAGAAGUGGAAAUGUGGAAACAGUUUGUUUCAUCUCUUGAAGAGAGAAUCCGCAUCCACCAACAGGGCGGGUAUACAGCGAAUUUACACACAGAAAAACUUGUUGGAGUACUGCUAAACUUUUUUGGUAGUAAAGCACAUCGUCCUGUUGGGGGCAUGCCACCACCUGCACCACAUUCAACCAAAGGAAACCUACAGGGAAAUGAGUAUCAACAUCAACUGCAGGAAGCCACUAAGUUAGCAUAUAGUCAAUCGGUUAAUACAAUGUCAUCAUUGAUGCCACCUGCUUCAAUGGAGCCCAUACAUGAGUCGGGUGGGAGUGGGAGGAGAAUGGCAGUACAUACUAGAAGUGUAUCAGAGCCAGAUUUCGGUAGGACGCCAAUACAGGAUAUGGCUGACUCCUCAAAAGAAAAGGCAGUUGAUGGGGUGACAAAGUUGAAAUCAUCUGGGACAGUGGCAGGUUCGCGGUUUAGUCGCUUUGGUUUUAGCAUGCUGAAGGACACUGUAGGGAGGGUCUUAAAUCGGUCAUCCAAAGAGGCAAAAUUGGGCGCAGAAAAUCAGUUCUACUAUGAUGACAAACUAAAGAGAUGGGUGGAAAGAGGUGUGGAACCCCCAGCUGAGGAAGCUGCACUGCCUCCUCCUCCAACAAUAGGCGCAUUCCAAAACAACUCACUUGGUUAUGAAAACAAUCCAUCUAAUGGGAACUCGAGUUCUGGCGGCCCAACUCCAUCAGAGAAUUCUUCAGGAAUCCCACCAAUCUCACACGGUUCGAAUCAAUUCUCAGCUCGUGGGCGUACGGGUGUGCGGGCAAGAUACGUUGACACCUAUAAUUUAGGCCGUGGAAACUCUCAGACCAUGUAUCAGUCACCUUCCGUACAAACUGCAAAACCACCAAUCCCGGCAAAAGCAAAGUUCUUUGUUCCCGCAGCACCUGCAUCGUUUUCAAACGACCAGGCAAUGGAACCGGCUGCUGCUGAAUCCAGACAGGAGGAGAUUUCGGCAGAUGAAGUAGUAGCCUCUUCAGGGGCUCCACCACCAAUGAUGAUGCAGAGAUAUCCAAGUAUGGAUAACAUCCAAAGAAAUGGAUUGGGGAUUAGCGUCAAUGGGGAUCAUCAUCAGCCUCCUGCUUCCAGAAGAACAGCUUCAUGGAGUGGAAACUUCAACACCUCGUUUACGCCUCCGACCAGUCCAUCAACCUUCAAACCAAUCCUACUCAACAGUAGCAGCAGCAGCUUAGGAGAGGAGCUUCAGGAAGUGGAACUCUAAGUCACCAGGAACUGAAAAAAUAUUUCACAAAGUUUUUGGUUAUUGAUUGUCACAGGUAGGAAAGUCACACAGAGAUGGAGCUUGGAUUUACGCCGUCUUCUUGAGUGAUAGGGGCAGGCAAUAUAUAAUUGCAGUUUGUAUAGAUGAUUCUUUGCUUCAUUUGGGUUUUGAGAAUGGAACCAAAAGUUGGGAGAGAGUUGCAAAACUGUACCUUUCGCUAAAAUAUAUAAUAAGGUCAAAGCUGACCAAUUUUUCAUGUAUUGUUUUUUCUUAUUCAUUAAUUCUUUCUAUCUAUGUCACAACAGAGAAGUCGGAAGUUGAACACAUCUUGUAUUUA